AUGUCUUGUACCGAAUACUGUUAAUCUUUGAUGAUCUUUUGGGAUGAUAAAAUCAUGGAGACCGCAGUGUGAUAUUAGUGAUAGUGCGCGAAUUUAUUACAAUUAAUUAUUACAAAUAGACGUACAUACUUACAGCUCGAUACACAUAUUUCAAUAUACAGAGCAUCUGAGGCAAAAAUUAACAUGGUGUUUCUAAAAUUAUUGUUAAAUAGCUGUUUAACGUUUAUCAUUGCAAAGGCCUUUUUCACCCAUACUCACAUUACGAUGUAUAAAAAACAUUUAAACAAUGUUCACAACAUAAUAUCAGAGCAUUAUAAUGUUCAUCUUGUACCAGAUGUCGAAUUAAAUACUUUCUACAGUGAAUGCAAUAUUAGCAUUAAGGUUCUCGUACCAAUGCAAUAUCUAGUAUUGCAUUCAAAAAUUAAAUGUCUAACUGAUAUAAUUAUGACUGAUAAUCCACCAAGAUUUCGCGGGGACGGGGUAUACAAGGAAAUGAUUGUUUAUCCCAUGAAAUAUUUCUAUAGUGAUACGAAUGAAAAUAUCAAGAUUAUUUUUAUAAAUAAUCUGAUAUUACCGGAACGUUACAUUUUGAAUAUAAAAUAUGUUGGUAUUGUUGAUGAUAAUACACAGUUAACAACUAUUUACAAAGAGAAACAUGAUUGGUGGUUAAUGACAACGUAUUUCGAUAUACUUGGGGCUCGACAAAUCUUUCCAUGCUGGAGCGAAUUUUCACAAACCACCUUUAACAUUACUUUAAAGUAUCAUCGUGACUACGUGGCUUUAUCAAAUAUGCCGAUAGAAAAAGUGGAAAUAAAUAAUGUAGACAUGGCGAUCGCACAAUUCCAAACCACACCUAGAAUGCCCAUUUAUUUCAUAGGAGGGAUAGUAACUAAUUUCUAUUGCCAUUCCACUAAAAGCACAAAUGUGUGCUAUAGAAAUUGCUCCUCAAGCCACAUGGUAUUUGCUCAGGAAGCUAUUGAACACAUCACAUUGUCUUUGGAAAGCGAAUGGAAAUAUUUAAGGGAAAUUUUGAAAGUGAAUCAUGGUGCGAUUCCGAAUUUCCCAGACAAAAAUAAACCAAAUUUUGGAUUAGUUCUUUACAGAGAGGAAGAUAUUAUCUACAAUAACAUGUUAGAUUCCGCUGCGCGCAAAAUUGAUGUAGUUCGCAUAAUAGGAUAUAAAGUGUUACAAGAAUGGUUUUAUAAUGUUUAUAAUGUUUAUAAAGUAAAUUCGGGAUCAUGGACAUCAUAUUUUUUUAAUGAUUGUCUUAUUAGAUUUUUGGGAACAUAUACCGUCCAUAAGAUUUUUCCAACAUUCCGGAUAAUGGAUAUGUUUGUGGUACAAUUUCAUCACGACUUACUUAAUUUUGAUACUUCUUAUAAAACGUCUGCAUUCAACAGUAUUUUUAAAUUUUUUCGUUGUAUUAAAGUAUCUAUUAUGAUGCGGAUGUUACAAAACAUAUUUCCUGAAAAAAUAUUUUGGAAGGGUAUACAUACAUACAUAUUUAACGACGAUCUAGAUUACAAAAAUUUGGAAAGAGCUAUGAGUGAAAGUAUUGAUGACACAUAUCCAAGUAUAAUUAAUGUAUACAAAUCAGAAUUAUUAAACAUGGUCAAUAUAACAAAUUCAUGGACAAAGCAAAAACAUUAUCCUACUAUAAUUGUGAAGCGAGAUUAUGAUCAUCCUUACAGCAGGAUGGUGUUAAUAGAAAAUUAUCAUCCAUCACAUCAUUAUUGCAUACCUCUGACCUAUACUACACAAACAGAUCUCGAUUUUAACAAUACUUUACCUCGUUAUUGGUUAAACCAAAUGGAGCCUCAUUUAAUCGAUAUAAAAUUCAAAGAAAAUGGAUGGAUUAUAUUCAACCUACAACAAAUUGGAUAUUAUCGAGUCAAUUACGAUUUAGAGAAUUGGAAAAAAAUUGCAUGUUAUCUUGCCUCUGAGAAUUACAUGAAAAUACACGUUCUUAAUCGUGCUCAAAUUAUCGAUGACGUUUUUCACUUUAUGAUAACGAAACAACUCAAUCCUGCCACAUUCUGGAAUAUUACAAAAUAUCUAAAACAAGAAACAGAUUUUGUGGCAUGGUAUCCUAUGUUUAAAGCUCUGGAAUACAUGUCGAGUGUCUUUCCAUUUUCAGGAGAAAAAACGGAUAAAAUUAAGAAUAAAAUACUGCAUCUCUUAAAUACAGUGCUUGAAAAACUUGAGUACAACGAAAUUCAUAAUGAGGAUGAUUUUAGAAAACGUUUAAGACAAGAAGCUGCAAAAUGGACAUGUUCUCUUAAUGAUCAGAUAUGCGUAAGAACAGCCCAUCAUAAAUUAAAUCAACAUCUCGAAAAUCCCGAAAAGGACAAACUCCUGCCAUGGUGGAAAGAAUGGACAUAUUGUAAUGGUUUCAAAUUAAUAACCAAUUCUCUUUACUAUGAAAAAUCUACUUUGUUGGGAAUAAGAAAUGUAUAUCGUAUCGAAAAUAAAAGAUUUAAAAAUAAAUUUAUAGAAUAUCUAGUUUGCUCUGAAGAUCAAGAUUUUAUCAUAAAUCAUUUAAAUUUUGUAGCUGAUCAUAUGAAACUGAAUUAUAAUUUGCACAAUAAAAAUUAUAUUGCCUUUUUUCUUUUUGCAAUUGCAAGGCAUGCAAAUAAAAAUAACGUAUUUCAUUUUAUAAUUGACAAAUUUGAGAAAAUAAAACCAAAAAAAAUCAGUAUUCUUGUAACAUUAACAGUUCUUGUAAAUCAUUUAUAUUCUGAAGAGCAUCUUCAAAAGGUAAAAGAGUUUUUGGUUGAAAAUUUAAAGAAAUUACAAAAUUAUACAGUGAAAAAAAUACAAGAAAAUUUGCUAGAGCCUUUAGAUACAAUUCUCGAGAUUAAUACAAAAAUGAUAACGAAUUUGAAAAAAGAGGAACAAGAAUAUAAAGUAGUUCAAGACAAGAUAGACAUACGUUCUCAUCAAAUCGAAUCUCAGAAAUAUCUAUCUAAGCAUCUGGCAAGUUAAUACUAAUUAUUUAAUAAAAAAUAAUUAUAGUAUUAUAUAUCUCUCUCUGUAUAUAAAUUUAUUUAUCUGCCUGUUCGGUAAAUAUUUCUUCGUACGUCUCUAACUUAAUAUUUUUAUUUUGUAUGCUUAGAUGCAUUAAUGAUACUCAAUGUGCUUGCAUUAACAAAGAUGUUAUAUUUAUAAAUAUUAUAUAUUAGAUACGUAAUAUUUAUAGAUUACAUAUUAGAUAGCGUACGUUUUAGAGGUUUUAUUAUCACUCUGCAAAUCUGGGAUAAUUUAUAUCAAUUAAUUAAUUAUCUAAAUAAGAAAAGAUUUUUUUUUCAAUUUGUAGAUUAAUGUAUUUUGUAAGUGUCAUAAAAUUUGACUGCACUGAAUAUAAAUAUGCUGGAUCAUUAAUGUAUCGAAUUGUAUCAUCUCUUUUAAAUUGUAUUUUUGUUUUCAAUUUUUUUCAUAUUUGUAGUCUUAUUUUUUAAUACUUAUAUAUUCAUUUUAACAUUCUUUAUUAAGUUUAUUAAUAAUAUAUGUAGAUCAAUAUAUGUACUUUAAUAUUGUAUUGAUUAUUAAUUGUUGAUACAUAUAUUAAUAUAUAUAUAUUGGUGUAUAAUAUAUAUACAUAUAUUUAUAUAUAAAAGUGUAUU